GUACAUUAGAGACAAGACGUGAAUGACGGGAUGAUGUUAGGUGCAUUCGUAUAAGUACCUAUCUGUAUAUGUAUACAUGGCUUGUGGUUCAAACAUGUGAUUAAGAUCCUUUCCAAAGUCACAUCAUUAAUAUACAAUACGGAAUGUAGAUACAUGUAUAUAAAAUGGGAAUUUUGAACUUUUUACUCUGGCUGUAGGCUGGAUCACACAACACUGGUGAGAGGAUGUAUGUCUAAAGAUAGAUUGUUUACACAAUUUCAAUGAGCUUUUCUUCUGGAAUUGUGAGAGUCGAGCUGUGGAAAAGAUCUUGUUAACAUUUGAACAUCUGUUAUCGCCAAGGGAACUCGUGCCGAGUAGAAGGCAUUCACAUUUACCUGUGUAUAGACUGGACUGAGAUGAAAUCUCCACAGCCAAGACUACUUAUCACGACACCGAUUGGCCAUCGCUGUAGGAGGAUGCAAAUGAGCAAUCCAGGAACAUGUAAUUUCUGGUAGAUUCUCUUUCAUCAUCGCCUAGCUCUAUUCUAGGCUUCUUUUAAAUAAAUAAUCGCGUCUCCUUUCCCUAACUAUCAAAGUCGAAUGGUAGAUAUGUAAAAGUUUAAUAUGUCUGAGAAUUCUGGCUCAAGUCACGAAUGUAGAUGAAAGGAUACCUCCAACGCUUUGAAUAACAAUAGAGAGCGAGAGGAGUUUUUGGAAUUAAAACAGCCACUCUGAGAAUAAUGUAUGUACUGAUUGAACUGGUAUCCUACACAGGUAUGUAGAGUUUAACAUCGAUUGGUAUUGUACGGGAAAGCCGUGUCAGACAAGGAACUUGGCGUGCUUAAUCAAGCGGAUUACUCUAACAACGACAGAGUGGAUAUGUUGAUUGGCGUGACAUAAACACACGUACUGAUGAAUCUGCAAUCAGGGGCAUUUAACACUAUGUGUGAAGGGUUAAUCACUGCCUCUAAGAUCAAGUUCUGAGAAAUGGAACAAGAUACAGCAUACUUCCGGCUUUCGUUUGUAUAAAAGGUGUAAAUGUAGAAUACGGAUCCUUCAUGUUUAUCUGUGAAUAUGUUUCCUUUGCCGGUCUAGAGAUAUUCAUCGUUCUACAUUGCAGACAAUCGAACGCAAUUAUAAUAACAAUAUAAGUUACCAAUAAUAAUUGACGGUCACGUGCUAUUGACAGCUGGACUUGUUGAGAUACUGGUCAGUCGAUACUGACUCGCUAGGGAAUCAUUGCUGGCCAUAACACACCGCGCUGUCUUAGGUGAUCCGUAGUGGACGAAGCUCUGGACACAGAUCGAGGACUUAAUUGUGUAAGCGGAUGAACACACACGACUCCGAAACCAAUCACAUUCCUAAACCGGUGGAGGAAUACAAAUCUAAUUCUUUUCACAUGGUAUUUGAAAGUGUGCGGUAAACAAAACGCGUGACAUUGAUUUGUGUGUGAUUUUAUACGCUAAUACGUCGAGCAUUGGAUUAUAUGUUACCUAUUAACACAAGCCGUAUAGUAUUGACCAUUUAUUGACGGUCAGCUUCGUAACCCCAAUAGUCUCUAGUGAUGGCAAACAGAAAACGCAUUUAUUUCCCAGCACGGACAGUUUCGUUCAAUUUGACAUCAAAGCUUCUGUAAAUGUUUUAAAUGAUGUCAGAGCUUUUCGAAGAGAAAACAUUUUUGAUGACACUUAGUGAAAAAGUGCUCUAACUACCUUAUGAUACCACCAUUUUCAUUUUGGUCUCAUGUCAGGUUUUACGAGCAGACACCAUUCCCAGAUGCCAGACUCCGAAGUGGACAUGGAUGUAGUUGUAGCUAAGAUAAUCUCGUUGGUUGUCCUCACUGUACUCACGGUGUUGUUUGGGCUUUUCCCCUGUCGGCUCAUGCAAUAUUUCGCGAAAACAAUCUUCAAACGAAAGAAGAUUCUGGACUACAUGCUUUCAUCUUUGAAAUGUUUCUCAGGGGGAGUGUUUCUAGGAACGUGCUUUUUACACUUGAUUCCGGAAACACGGACUAAAAUAGAUCAAAUGAUGUCUCAAAUUAGAUCGCAUUCCACAUAUCCGGUUGCAGAGUUAUUGACAAUGGCGGGAUUUUUCGGAGUGAUAUUUACUGAACACGCAAUUCGGGCACUUUAUAAGAAACUUCAAGAAAUGACCGAUCAUGAUCGGGAAUGGACAGAAAGUGAAAUUUUACCUACAACGCAUUCGACAAUUUUAAAAAGUGACAUUGAAGGUGAAAUCGAAUCCCGAAGUUUACACUCAGUUCAGAAUCAAGAUAUUGAAUCGGGUUCAAACGAAGUGAGCAUGAUGAACGAGAGUGAAGAUACCAAAGAAAUCAUGGACAUGGAAAUCGAACCGGCUCCUCUUCAAGAUUUAGAAGUCAAACAGGUAGUUACAGAACUUAGCCGAGGAGAUGAUUCAAGUAGAGGUCAUAUGAGGUCAGUGCUAUUUAUAACCGCUUUGUCCUUUCACGGUGUGUUCGAAGGGAUGGCUCUUGGACUACAGAGUUUGGAGAGUAAUGUGUGGGUGCUAUGUUUUGCUAUAAGCAUUCAUAGAGGAAUUCUAGCGUUUGGGAUAGGACUACAACACAUGCGCAAUGACGAAAAGCACAGUACAAUGGUGUUUAGUGUAGCGUCGUUUGCGAUUUUAGCAGCUGUUGGAAUUAUCAUAGGAAUAGCGAUUUCAACAGGUGCGCAACUAUAUACGGACGUGAACGUGCCAAACGCUAUUCUACAAAGUCUGGCUACAGGGACUCUAUUCUAUAUUAUAUUUUUUGACAUUCUCUUUAAGGAGAUGGACGGUAACAAGGACGUGAAGAAGAUGUCUUGUACCUUUGUUGGUUUCGCUGUUAUGGCUGUGAUAUUUGCAGUAACAAGAGAAUAAUAAUGUGAAUGAAUAGUUACAUUGUCUACUGUUGUCAAAAAAUCGUUCUUUGUGAUAUAUCAUUUUAUGUUUAUUAUGUCAUUGGCUAUAUUUUUAUUCUAAAAUGUUUCGUUUUCAUUAUUUUUAUCAUUUGUUUAUAUGGGAACCAUUAUAAUUCAUAUAGAUCACACGAUUUUGCUGACGUUUUUCUGAAGUUAUGAAAAUUUGCCAUGAAGUGUUUUUCAAGGAGAUGCUUAAAACACCACCUAUCGUAAUUUGAUGCGCUCGUGCUACGGUAGGUUGGAAAGAUGUUUGAGAAAAGCAAAGAAGUUGUUUGUGAUUUUGAUGGUGACUUUUGUCAGUCACAUCUAUUUAACUAAUGCAUAAUGAAAUAUUACAUGGACAACAUUUUGUCAUAUAAUAACAAUAAUACUCUUAUAAUUUAUGGCAUAUUCCUAACUUCAGAUUUAUCAUAAAAUCAAUAAGGAUAACUUGUCGAUCAAAGUCCUCUUUUUACUGUGAAUCACUGGAGUCUAUGAAUCAUGGUUAUAAAUUAUUUAAAGAUAAUAUUUUUUGAAAAAUAAAUAAUUUGAGAAAAUCAAUAUACGUUUUGUAACAAAUGUUAAAGAAUUGAUCAUGGCAUCAUUGUGUGUAAAGAUAUGUCGGAUUUAGAAAGCAUCAUGAUGUAUAUUACUAUCGCAUCAUUAUCUAAACGACACCUGAUGGGAAUUGAGGUACCAUAAAUUCAGUAUUCAAUGUUUGAGCUUGAGGAAUGUACGAAAAGCAAAGAUUAGACACGGGUAGUGGUAAUCAUGAAUUUGAAAAGGCGAAAUUGAUGCGAGAGUGAAUUUAAUUACAAGAUACCACUGAUAUAUAAUUGAUGGUACGUACCAGACUGGUCUGAUUUGUGAAGUCUAGUAAUGAGUUAAAAUUGCUUUAUAAAAGUUUGAUGUUAGGAGACGGAAUAAAAGGUAUGAAAUAGAAGUGAAAUGCUAUAACAAAGGAAUGUACAAAGGACCUUGUAAUGAAGAUACAUCUUUUUUCGUCGUCCUAGGACUCGUCAGUGAGGCUAUGAGACAAAAUGAAUAUAUUUUACCUUGAUUUGUUGACAUAAACAACAAAUGUACAAUUGUUUUGUUGACAUAAAACAUUUAAUGUAUAAUUGUUUCAUUGGCAUAAAUCGUUGAUGUGCAAUUGUUUUGCUGACAUAAAUCAAAAAGUACAAUUGUUUGUUGACAUAAAUGACCAAUGUCCAAUUGUUUGUUGACAUAAAUGACCAAUGUCCAAUUGUUUUGUUGACAUAACUCACCAAGGUACAAUUGUCUUGUUGACAUAUAUCACUAAGGUACCAUUGUUUCGUUGACAUAAAUCACCAAAGUACAAUUGUUUUGUUCUAAAUUCCAUAUGAAAAUGCUACUGAUUUCUGACGAUAUCCGUUUUUGAUUGGUCUGACAUAUCCAUGGUACAAAUAACCAUGUUUGAUGUUUAAUGUUUGAAAAUAUUUCGUCAGAAGUCGAAAUUUUUAUGCUUAGAAAGUUUGAAUAACAUCACUUACAGUUAAUUAUGAUUUCUCCCGUCUGAAGCCAGGCAAUCACGUAUUGAAGUCAGCGGAACUAAAUGUCGGUAUACUUAACUUCUGAUUUUCCACGUCAUCCUAUGCUGUUUUCUACAAUGUCGGUCGCUUGUAUGUCCUUGUGUCUUCCUCGUUUAAUGUACAGAUAUCACCAUGGCAACAGAGUAUAUUUAAUAAAAUAAUCUUUAAAACAA